AUGCGUGAAACAAGAAAUAGUAUCAAUCCAUCUCAACAGCCAUUGUUGAAUGAUAAAAAGACAGAUGUUCUUCAACAAGCUGUUGAACGUGAAUAUAUUAAAUUAUUUCGUACAACACAUAAAACUACACAAAAAUCCAUUCGCCAUAUUCUACGAAAUGUGAAUCAACGUCCACCACUACAGCCAUUAACAUUUCCUCUCCUAAAUUCUUCUAGAGAAUUCAAUACUGAUGAUGAUGAUGAUAAUAUUCAAACAAUUUCAGUUACCAUAUCAGAUGGUAAUAAUCAAAAAUCACAAAAGAAUACUACAAUUGCUACAAUAAUGCCAACAGUAUCUGCAAUACGAGAAUUAAUAUCGUAUGUACCAACAACGAGAAAUAUAGCUACGCGUGGUGCUCUCAUUGGUAUUCCAUAUUUAGGAGAUACAUUUAAUGCUGAAGAUCAAAAAUUGAUUAAUUCAAUAUCUGGUGAAUCAACAAACCAAGACAACAGUUUAACACGCAAAAAAAGACUCGAUGAACAAUCAUUAGAAAUACUCUAUCAAACUAUACGAUCGAAUAUAGUUUGGGAUACAUAUUCCAACGAGCAAAUUAUUGAUGCAAUACUUCAUUAUCAUCGUGAUAUUACACCACGUACAAGACUCAUCAUUAUUGCAAAUCAAGAAGAAAUUACUGGAGAUAAACAUAUUCAGUAUCCUUCAAAUAUUGAUAUAUAUGAUACAGUCGAUAUUGAUAUUGAUGAUCUUAUUAUAAAACCAUGGUGUUCUCGAUUUUGUUCACGUUGUUAUACAUAUAAUUGUUUAUUACACAAAGAAAAAUCUUCUCAUCUUCCAUUACCUGAACAAAUUUCUAUAUGUAAUGAUAAUCAAUCAUCUCCCUGUAGUUCAUCAUGUUAUAAACAUGAACGUGAGCAUUUAAAACGUUCUUUAUCACCACCAUCUCAUAUCAACGAAGAAUCUAGUCAUUCUCAAACAUAUCGUUCAAUAUCAUCUGAUUUAAAUGAAAAUGUUAAUAAACGUCGACGAAAAUCAACUCCAUUUCGUCGUAUAUCAUCGUCAAAUAAAUUAAUUUAUUCUCAUAAUGAAAAUUUUCGUACUGAUCUUUAUCUUGAUUCUCAUUUACAAUUAAUUGAAAAUCAAAAAAAAUUAACCUCUCAACAAUUAUUAUCACGUAUAGAAAAUCAUAUGACUAAUACAUCAGAACAACAACAACAACAAAUAUCUCUAGCUAAUAAUUGGACAUUAACUGAUCGAACUUUAUUUCGUUUAUUUUAUUUUCUAUUCGAUGGUGAUUUAUGUGCAAUAAAACAAAUGUUUAAUGAUCAUCGAACUUGUCAAGAUUUUUAUCAGCAAUUUAUCUUAGAUACGAAAUAUUUCUCUAAUCGAAUAGUAGCAACAAAUAAUUUAUCAUUUAUUAUACGUCAACCCUAUCGACGAAAAAUGUUAGAUGGUGCAACACGAGCUUUUCUUUUUCAUAUUAAAAAACAUUUAAAUAAUAGUAAUAAUACUUUCAAAUCAGCAUAUCAACCAUGUUUACAUGAUGGACCAUGUACAUUAUCAAAUGAAAAUUGUUAUUGUAUGAAAAAUGGAACAUAUUGUGAAAAGUAUUGUAAUUGUUCAAUAGAUUGUCCACAUCGAUUUCCUGGUUGUACUUGCAAAGGUGCAUGUUUAUUAAAUAAUUGUUUAUGUUGUGCAGAAGGACGUGAAUGUGAUCCUGAUUUAUGUCAUAAAUGUGGUGCAUCAUUAUUUCUUAAUGAAAUCAAUGAUUUAAAUCCAAUAAUUAAAUCCGAACCAGAAACAUCAUUUAUUGAACGAAAAACAUUACCAAGUUUAUCUCGACGAAAUAUAAAAUUGAAAAUGAAUGGAAACUUACCAACAAGACAACAUAGUCUUCGAUCAUGUCGGAACGUUGAACCAUUAUAUAAACUAAAUCGAAGUCAAACAAAACGUACAAGCUCAAGAACAUCAAUUAAUUCAAAUAUAUCAUCAAAUUUACCAAUGAUUACAUGUGCAAAUAUAUCAUUACAACGAAAAUUAUAUAAACAAAUUCUUAUUGCAGAAUCUGAUGUUGCUGGUUAUGGUGCUUUUCUUGGUUCUCCUGUUGCUUAUCCAGGGGAUUUAAUUGCAGAAUAUACAGGAGAAAUUAUUACGGAAGAAGAAGCUGAUCGUCGAGGUCGACUUUACGAUAAACAAGCUUGUUCUUAUUUAUUUAAUCUUGAUGAAGAACGUUGUGUUGAUGCUCGACAAUUUGGAAAUAAAAUUCGUUUUGCUAAUCACUCAUCAAAACCUAAUUGUGUUCCAAAAAUAAAACUAGUCAAUGGUGAUUAUCGUAUUGGUAUAUACGCUAAACAAGCCAUAUUUCAAGGUGAUGAAUUAUUUUUUGAAUAUAUGUAUGAUGCACAUCAACGUCAGCAAUUUGUUAAUAAUGAACGUGUUGAUGAUUCUGAACAAGAUGGUUUAAUUAUUCUAAAACGUUUUCCUGAUAAUUAUAUACUUGUACGACCAUCAUCUGAUUAA